AUUGGAUUGAAAUGUCAGCUUUCGCUUUACGGUUCUUCAGUAGGACAGGUCAAGCCAGUAAUCCCAAUGGUAUAUUAUUGCUUGGGUCACAGCCGUAGUCAGCAUGGAGGAUUCCAUUGAGGUCAUCCUCCAGGAUCGAAGCUCAAAGUUCAUGCAUCGUUGCCAGGACAACCGCAUCCUCACCCUGUCAACCUGGGCAGUCUUCACUGGUUUCUAUGGGCUGUGGACAAUGUUCAUGCUUCCUGGCUUCCUGAAAGUGCCCUUCAGACUGAAGGUACCGUACAUGCCUUCAAGCACAGCACAGACUCAGAAUGUAAUGAAACUCCUUGAGGGACGUAAGGGACGCCUGGCUGACCUGGGAUCAGGGGAUGGGAGAUUGGUCUUUGCUGCCUGCUCCCUGGGUUUCCAGUGCACCGGCUUUGAAAUAAACUCCAUGCUGCGAGCUUACUCCAGAGGCAAAGCCAGGUGGAAGGGCAUACCAUAUGCUCAUGUAAAUUUUGUCAACAAGGACUUCUGGAAGACUGAUCUGUCAGCAUACAACAAUGUGACUGUAUUUUUAGCUCCCAGUGUGAUGGAGGUCCUGGAAGAGAAACUCCUGAGGGAGCUUCCUCAAGAAGCGCGUGUGGUCGUCUGCCGCUUCCCCUUCCCUCGUUGGCCCCACACCUGCUCCGCAGGGGCGGGGCUAGACCAAGUGUGGGCCUAUGACGUCGAUACCGUCCGCAGGCCUACAGCGCAGUCCCUGCAGAUGUAAAGCCCAAGCCGUGCAACAAGCAGUGUGGUUCCAAACGCAUGAACUCAGAUCCAAAGAUUUCACAUUUA